AUGAACCACGUUAAAUGUGAAGGUGGCGAUGCACCAAUAACAGCGUUUGGCAGAAGUGAUAUCUUGAACAUUCGUCCCGGCCACAGUGGAAUUAAAACUGAUUUCAUCGGCACAACUGCUUUAAAUACAUGCGUUGGGUUAGUCUUCUUAUUAAAGAAUGAAGAUUCGCCGAAUGAUACUCGUUGUAUGCUCGUACAUUGGAAUGUUGAUUAUUGCUCAGUCAAUUUUUCCAGUCCUUUGGCUUAUCAUAAUCAAAUAUCAUGUGAACAAAUAAUUCAAAGAAUCGACGAUGACUUGAAAAUAAAAAGAUUAAGAAAUUAUUCUGCAGAAAAACUAAUUAUUCUAGGUGGAACAUCAGAUGAUUCUGAAAAAACAAACGAAAGAAUACAAAUGGGUUUUAGAGAGCUACAAUCGAUACAAUAUAUGUUGCCAAUAAAUGAAAGAAGUUUAAUUCCGAAUGACAUACAAUAUAUAAAUUCGAUAUGUUUGAAUGACGUUGGUUCCAAUAUUGUCAAUUAUAUUACUUCCGGCCUCGAUAUUGCUUUCAACGUUCAGCUACAGAGAAUUUUGAUGGAUCUUCGAGUCAACGAAACAGAUAUUGUGUUUUUUGAAAUUGAUUUAAAUCAAAACUGCAUAUGUGCUGGUUUUUAUAUGGCUAAAAUGAAAAAAAUCAUUUUAAACGGAAAUUUGAAAAAAAUUGAAUACGUUUUGAAAUUAUUGAGAAAUCUUAACGGAUUUAAAACAAGUUUUCGUCAUAUUACAACAAUUUGGAAUCAUGAAUUAUAA